CAUCAGUUCUGAUGCGCAACAGGCAGCCCACACCAGGGUGUAAUAAACUCACACAUCUUCAAUGAUAAUUAUCCUAACACUCUCUAAUCAUGUGUUUAACUCCUUUUUUUUCCCAUUUUGGGGAAAAUCUAUCUGAAGCAGAGCCUGUUUGGUUGAGGAAAAGUUCCUGUUGUUACAUGAUUCAUAUUUACAAUAAUUUCAUGAACUCUCUGGUGUUUCCAGGUAAUUAUCAGCUGAUUGUUCCACCUGAACCAAUCAUAGCGGCUCCUGGAGAUGAUGUCAUCCUUCCAUGUCGGGUGGAUCCUGACUGGAACGCCAUGGAGAAGACGGUGGAGUGGUUCAGACCGCACCUUAGGGCCCCAGGCCCACAGAAGCGUGUGGAGUACGUGUACGUGCACCGGUUCAGGAAGAUGGACAGAGACAUGAUGAUGGAGACGUACAUCCAGAGGACGUCUCUGUCAGAAGGACUGAGACAUGGAGACGUGUCUCUGAGGAUCCACAACGUGAGCUUGGAGGAUAACGGGAGGUUUAGAUGUUUCAUCCCAAACCUGAGCAUAGAAGCAGAGGUUCUGCUGGUUGUUGACCCAGACUUUGUUAAAAUGACGACAGCAGAGACGGUUCCUCAGAGAACCAGUCCAACCCCAGACGAAGAGACCAUCAGAACCGGUGAGUCUGCAGGUUGA